GCAAGGUCACGUGAACCGAUGUAAAAUUCCCUGGCUCUGCUGGUGUCUGUCAUAUGACAGGAGUUUGUGCAGAUGGAACGUCGGUGGCUGUCGGAGCUGCUCGUUGUGCUGCUGCUCGGGGCUGUCGGGAACUUGAAGGAGGCGGAGGGCUGCGGAGAACAGAGCUGCCCCCAAGCCCCUGAUGGAUUCCUAAAUGUGCAUCUCAUCCCUCACACUCACAAUGAUGUGGGCUGGCUGAAGACAGUGGACCAGUAUUACUAUGGAGCCCGUAAUGAUAUCCAGCAUGCUGGGGUGCAAUACAUCCUGGACUCAGUGGUUUCACAGCUCCUCCGUGACCCCAAUAAACGCUUUAUUUAUGCGGAAUCUGCCUUUUUCUGGCGCUGGUGGAAGCAACAAGACGAGCAGAUGAAAAGAGACGUUACCCGCCUCGUGGAAGAGGGGCGCCUGGAGUUUAUAAACGGGGGCUGGUCUAUGAACGAUGAAGCCGCCACACACUACAGUUCCAUUAUUGACCAGAUGACCCUGGGGUUGCAGUUCCUGAAGUCCACGUUUGGGGAUUGUGGCAGACCACGCGUGGCUUGGCAUAUUGAUCCCUUUGGACAUUCCAAGGAGCAGGCCUUGCUGUUUGCCCAGAUGGGCUAUGACGGAUUCUUCUUUGGCCGCUUGGAUUAUCAGGAUAAGGCUAACAGAGAGAAGACAAAGCAGAUGGAGAUGCUGUGGAGAGCAAGUGAUGACAUUCCCCCACCCUAUGCCGACCUCUUCACUGGGGUCCUGCCCAAUGGCUAUAAUCCUCCUGACGGCUUUUGUUGGGAUCAGCUCUGUGAUGAUGUUCCCCUUAUCGAUGAUCCAUCUAUAGAAGAUUAUAAUGCAGACGUUAUUGUGAAAAAAUUUCUUAAGGCAGCAACACAACAGGCAGAGAAGUACCUCUCCGAUCAUAUUGUCAUGACAAUGGGGUCUGAUUUUCAAUAUGAAAACGCUAUACUGUGGUUUAAGAACAUGGACAGGCUGAUUAAAAAUGUUAAUAUGCAGCAAAUUAACGGCAGCAAAGUGAAUGUCUUUUAUUCCACUCCGAGCUGUUACCUGCAGUCACUGCACAGAGCCAACGUUACCUGGCCAGUGAAAACAGAUGAUUUUUUCCCUUAUGCUGACGGCCCUCACAUGUUCUGGACGGGAUAUUUCACCAGCCGCCCGGCUUUCAAAGGAUACGAGAGGCUGAGCAACAACUUCCUUCAAGUCUGCAAUCAGAUGGAGGCUUUAUCAGGAGUGGAAGCAAGAAAUGGACCCUAUGGGCAAAGUAACAGUACUGUUAUGAGGCGAGCUAUGGGUGUAGCGCAACAUCAUGAUGCUGUGACUGGUACUGCCAAACAACCUGUGAAUAAUGACUACACUCUCCGCCUGUCUCAGGGGUGGGACAGCUGCCAGGUGGUGAUCAGCAACUCUCUGUCCAGCCUGACUGGGAUCAAGGAAAACUUUGCUUUCUGCAAUCUGCUCAACAUCAGUGUAUGUCAUGUGACAGAAACAGCCAAUAAUUUCAAAGUGUUCCUGUACAACCCUCUUGGGCGCAGCAUCACAUGGAACGUCCGGCUUCCCGUUAACGGCCAUGCCUAUAAAGUUAUUGGCCCCAAUGAUGAAACUAUACCUAGUGAGGUGGUAGAUGUGUCUGACUUCACAAAGGAGUUGCGUUUGUAUCAGGGGCGAGCCGAAAGAGAGCUGAUAUUCCAGGGUCAAAUACCAGCCAUGGGGUUCAGCAGCUUUACAGUAGGGAAACUGUCCCUACCAGACCGAUUUGUCUUCAAGAGCAAAAAGGGCAAAAAGCAGCCGGACAAAAUCCAAAACCAGUAUUAUAGGGUUGACUUUGACCCAGAAACAGGAUUGAUGAGUGGCAUUCACAACCUGGAAAAAAAUAUCUCCUUACCAUUAACACAGAGUUUCUACUGGUAUAACGCCAGCAUUGGGAAUGAGGAGAGUUCCCAGCCGUCAGGAGCUUAUAUCUUCAGGCCAAACAACUCAAGCCCACUGCCUGUGUCACAACACUCCCGUAGUUACCUAGUGCAGAAUUCUUUGGUGCAGGAAGUGUAUCAGAACUUCUCUUCCUGGUGUUCUCAAGUUGUCCGUCUGUACAAGGAUCAGAGAUACGUUGAACUGGAGUGGACAGUUGGUCCAAUCCCCAUUGGAGAUGGGUGUGGAAAAGAAGUGAUCAGUCUGAUUGACACUAAACUGCAGACAGGUGGUGUUUUCUAUACGGAUUCCAAUGGCAGGCAAAUCAUGCAAAGAAGGAGGGAUUCCCGUGAAACAUGGAAACUUAACCAGACAGAACCUGUGGCCGGAAAUUACUAUCCUGUUAACAGCCGUAUAUAUAUAAAGGACAAAUAUACUCAGCUCUCAGUUCUAACAGACAGAUCGCAGGGUGGAUCCAGCAUCCGAGAUGGUUCCUUAGAGCUGAUGGUUCACCGGCGCCUUCUGUAUGAUGAUAACCGUGGAGUUGGAGAGCCCCUGCUGGAGAAUGGGUUUUUUGGGGAGGGGAUUGUAGUGAGGGGGAGACACUUACUGCUUCUGGAUCAUGUUGAGGAGGCGGCUGAUGCACACAGGACCCUCGCCCUGCAACAAUAUAUGUCCCCUCAAGUUGUUCUCUCCUAUGGGGAUGGGAUUCCCUACAGCCAAGAAGGGACUCCCCUGAGAAAGUUCUCAGCACUGCGCAGCGAGCUGCCCCACAAUGCCCACCUGCUCACAUUCGCCAUGCAUUCUCCGGAUAAGAUCCUACUGAGACUGGAACACCCAUUCCAGAGCCAGGAGAGCAAGAACAGUUCUCAGCCAAUCACCAUCAACCUGAAUACUUUGUUUUCCUCCGUAUUUCUGUCUGACUUUGAAGAAACCACACUAGCAGCAAAUCUAGAAAAGAGCCGUCUGAAGCGCCUAGCAUGGAGAACCAAAACAGGGUCAGCCCUCCAGAUGGACACUCCCCGUUCUCCUGUUUUGGACCCGUCCAACGUAACUCUCUCCCCGAUGGAGAUCCGCACAUUCCUGGCUACCAUACGAUACCGUGACAAGACUGCCUUGCAUGGUCGAUAACAGGACUUGGGGGACCCUGCCAGGGGGCACAGGGAUUCCCUUCAUACCACCCCACACAGCUGCCUAUGCCCCAUACCUUCAUUUUGUGUCCUUUCACUUGCUUCUGCUUGUCUCAUGCACACAUUUUGUUGGAAAAUAUAAAUAAAUAAAAACUUUUUUUUAAACAGA